AUAUACCCAUUAAUCAUCGGAAAACACAAAAAUAAAAGAAAAAUCGAAAUCUUCUCGAUCUACGAAUGAUAGAUCAUAAGUUUUUGUCGCGAAUUAAUUAAAUAAUUUGAUGAAACGUGUUCAAAAAGUUAUAGUGUUAAUAUCGAUAUAAAUAAGAUAAAAAUAUGUGUCAGUGAUAAAUGGAAAUUAUUUCACAAUGAUAUUAGUUUAGAGUCCAGAUAAUAUCAGUUCAUCCUGAAUCACAGAUUGGUUUGCGAAUUGUUACUAACAGGAAGUGAAUUAUAUUACGUAUCAGGACGAGGUUUCAAUUGGAAUUCAGUACAAAGUUAUUCGUUUACUGGUAUUGUUUUACUUUGAAAUUUCACGAUAUCGCUAUGGGUAAAUUAUUGAGUCUUUUGUCGAGAGAUGAUUCAACCUGCUGUUCGCCUCAGAAAUACGAUGUUUUUCUGGACUUUGAAAAUGCUCAACCCACUGCUAGUGAAAAAGACGUUUACGAAGAAGUUCAAAAGAUACUUUUGAAAUCGGAAUCUAUACUAGAAGAACUGCAGUGUUAUAAAGGCGCUGGGAAGGAGAUACGCGAAGCUAUAUCUACUCCUACAGAGGAAUGUCAAAUGAGAGCCUGGCAAGCUGUAUUACCACUAGUCGAGAAACUGAAACGUUUUUAUCUGUUUUCGAUGGAGCUGGAAGUAGUUGUUACCAAAAUAUUAGUUGAAUUAUGCUCCGGUUCAAGCACGCCGACACAACAUCUCGAAACACAACAAGCUUUAGUCAAACAAUUCGCUGAGACGUUAGAAUUUGUUUUGAAAUUUGACGAAUAUAAAAUGAAAACUCCCGCUAUUCAGAACGACUUCAGUUAUUAUAGACGUACUCUUAUGAGACACCGAAUCAUGCAAGAAAUGGAUGCGGACAUGUCAGCUCAUGUUAAAGACCUCAAUAACGAUAUGGCUAACAGAAUGUCAUUAUUUUAUGCAAACGCGACUCCGAUGUUACGAGUUUUGUCGGAUGCUACUUCCAGAUUUGUUUCCGAGAAUCCGGAACCACUGACGGAACAAACCACAGAAAUGCUCAGUACAAUGGCUAAAGUGUGUUUGCGAAUGUUAGAAAAACCAAAUUUAAUCGCAUUAUUCCAAAGGGAAGAAACCCAAUUGUUUGUUCUACGAGUAAUGGUCGGUUUGGUUAUACUGUACGAUCAUGUGCACCCAAAUGGUGCUUUUGUGAAAACAUCAAACGUAGAUGUAAAAGGAUGCGUGAAAUUACUCAAAGAACAACCAGCCAUACGUUCUGAAGGUUUACUCAACGCUCUCAGAUACACGACGAAGCAUUUGAAUGACGAUGCAACUCCUAGGAGUAUUAGAAACUUACUGGCUGCCUGACAAACGCGUUCAAGAAGGUAUAAAACCAUGACUUGUUGUUGUCAUGUUGGCAAAUUCUGAUUCUAAAUUCCUGGUUUGUUGUAAUUAUCUUAAAAGGCGCGUGAAUUUUUUUUUUCAAAUUUAUUCACUUCCUGCUUAUUUUAACGUUCAAACAUCAAAACGCGUCAUUUAAUGAGCGGAUGAUUUCCUCCGUGAUUCACCAGAAACUAUGUCCCAGUGUAAAAUAUUUAAUCGACUUACUGACUUUUCAUUUUCAUUUGUAGCUUAGACUGCUUUUGUACUAGUCUGAAUAAAUCAAACCGAAGAAACUGAUUAAUUGAUGAAAUCUCGACUCACUGCUCUCUGAAAUGUGUUCAUUGAUCGAUACGUCGAAUUGUUAUUUUCAUCUUUCAUUAUUAUUAUUUUUUAUUUUGUUGUAUCAUGUUCUUUUUUGACUUGUUUUCUUAUAUCGAAUAUUUUCUUAUAUAACCGUUAAACAUUGUUCUACUCGUAAUUAGAAAACGCAUUUAAUUUUUCUCAUUGAUAAUUUUAAUCAUCGGCAUUUUUAAAAAGUAUUUAUAUGUACGACUUUUAAAAAAGAUAUUUUAAUAGCUUUUAUUUAUUUAUUUAUUUAUGUACCUAUUUAUUUCAUUUGUGAUUAAAAACAAUGUUAAGUAUUAAGUGACUAUAUAGUGAUCUAUCAUCUCGUAAUAUGACGCUGGCUCACUCUUUCUGUUAUGCUUUCACUUGUGAGAAGGUAUCGAUGAUGAUUGCUUAUUAUGUUACAGCAUGUGUGACUUUUUAAAUUUCUAUUAAAUGAAAAACGAUAUUUAUUUUUGUAAAUGAAAAUCAUACUCGAUUAAAAUUUUUUAUCAUUAGUAUGUAAACAGCUUUUUAUAUUUUUUGUAUUUAGUCAUACAUUUUAUUAUAAGCAAAAUUUCUAUUUUAGUUUUCAUAUACCAAAUAAUUAGCAAAAUUUAUUUCUUUUCAAAUUCAUAUUACUGUUGUGAUGAUGUAAUAUUUAAGAAAUAAAUGAUUUUUAUUCUGUC